AUGCCGGCAAUCAAUCCCUCUCAACGCCAAACUGCCGUCGUAGCAGCUGGUCUAGGAGCUUAUGCUAUCGCUCACGAUCAUCCGAUCCCGUCUAUUUCCCCCGACCAAAUCAUCAUUCGCACUGCGGCCGUGGCUAUCAAUCCCGUCGAUGUCAAUACCGUGGACAAUUUCGCCUACACGGACACCGCGGCAGGCUUCGACCUGGCUGGAAUAGUCAUAGCAAUCGGGUCAGCUGUGGACUUGGCAGUUCAACUUCGCGAAGGUGACCGGGUCUGUGCCGCGGUGCAGGGAAUGAACCCUCUGCGGCCCACCGACGGGGCCUUUGCGCAGUACGUCGCCGCAGACGCCGACCUGGUGAUGAAAGUCCCCUCCGACAUGCCCCUGGAGGAGGCUGCCAGCCUUCCAGUUGGGGUGGGCACCAUCGGACUAGCCUUGCGAUCGCUGGGACUAGACACAGCCGGACAGAAACCCGCGGUCGUGUUGGUGUAUGGUGCCAGUAGCGCCUCGGGCACCCUCGCUUUACAGAUGCUACGCCACGCCGGUCAUCAUGCCAUCGCAACCUGUUCGCCCGCUAACUUCAACCUGGUGAAAGAGAAAGGGGCGGAGGCGGUCUUCGACUACCGAUCGCCGACCUGCGUGGCCGACAUUCGCGGUCACACGCGCAACAGCUUGCGCUACGUGCUGGAUUGUAUCUCGGAGACCAGCUCCAUGGAAUUCUGCUACGCCACCAUUGGCCGCGCCGGCGGUCUGUAUACGUCUCUCGCGGUCUGUUCUUCGCGGGUCAAGGCCACGCGUCCGACUGUCAAGGCCGACUGGGUCUUUCAUCCAGCUCUGUUUGGGCGCGAGGUGGCGUGGCCUAAUCCAUACAACCGAGUCGCUGACCCCAACAUGCGUGAGACUGCUCGGGAGUUGUAUGGGGAGGCUCAGUUGUUGCUGGACCAGGGGCUGUUACGCCCCCAUCCGAUUGAGGUGCAGGAGGGGGGAUUUCCGGCCAUUCUGGACGCUAUUCAACGCGUGCGGCAGAAGGAUGUGUCAGGGGUGAAACUAGUGUGUGCCAUUCCCCACCAGGAGUGA